UGUGCUGCUUAGGGUGUUGUUAGGCAUCGGAAGAUGGACAAGAGAAUCGCUUUUAACAAGAAAAAUUAAUAUGAAUAUUAAUUAGUUCCAAUUGGAUUUGAUGGAUUGAAUAGAAGCGGGUCUCAUAUAGUUAAAAAAAAACAAUAUGGAUUGGAGUUUUGUUGAAAAACCAAAGUCAGGCACCGAAACCGCUCUGGAGGCUUGCGAUUAUUUUCUAGAUGAGGUCAUAGAAAUAACAAAAACUUUAGAUGCUCGUGAACAGGUUCGCCUCAUCAAACAUCGUGAAUUGCGACACGCAGUAACCUCUGGAGAUGAACGCACGGUACGUGUCCUUUUGGAAGCAUUGGGUAGUGAGCGGCAAAUUAUAGUCAAUAUGGCUCCGGCUGGUGCAAACACAUUAUUGUUCCUGGCUUCCCAGUCUGGUUAUGAAAGUAUAACAAAUCGUUUAUUGGAUGCUGGUUCAGAUGGUCGUUCACAUACCGUGACUAAAUAUUCACCCUUAUAUGCUGCUGUACAUCAUGGCCAUUAUAAUAUUGCAAAGAAAAUGUUGGAAAAGUUUCCAGACUUGAUACAGCAACCAACAGUGGAAAAGUGGCUACCUAUACACGCAGCAUGCAUAAAUGGUCAUGUUAAUCUCCUAGAAUUACUUAUCAAUUACAACUAUCCGGAAUAUCUCUAUUCAACAUAUCGUGACGAGGAGGGCAUCUGGGAAUGGAGUCUGCCAUUCGAUCCGAAUGCUCAAGAUGUCACCGGACAAACCAGCCUCUAUAUAGCCAGUAUAUUAGGCAAUAAGUCACUAGUGAAUAUUUUACUUAAAUGGAAAGUACGUGCCCGUAAGACAUGCGCCCAAAGUCCACAGAGUGCACCGAUUACACCAACACGUAAACGCAUUUCAUUUGGUAUACAAGCUAUAAUGUCAAAGCUCAACAUAUCGGGAGAAGGCGAACAAUUAAUAAAGGAAGAGUCUCUAGAAUGUGAACGGUGUCCAAUAAAUAUAAAUUUAUUAUGCGGUGCGGCAAGAGAAACAUCAUUGCUGGCAGCAGUAAGAGGAUCAUUUUUGGAUGUUGUCACGGUCCUAUUGCAGAAUGGUGCAAAUCCCAAUAUAAUAGCCAAACCGGUUGAGGAUCACAACGAUCCGAAGUGUAGUGAAGAAAUUUAUGGUCUUAGCAAUGUGCCCAUUGCAGAGGCAUGCAAGCAAAAAUCACUGCCAAUGGUGGAGUUGUUAUUAAAAUAUGGUGCUCGUGAUGACAAUGGUUCAGCCCUAAGUGUCGCUGUCGCCUCUGAGGAUGAGUCAAUUUUAAAUCGUUUGCUCGCCAAACGUGUUCAUCCCGAUUCCGAUUAUAAAAUCAACAAGAAAGGCUUGCCAACACCCGUAGAAGUUAAAGUUUUCUUGCCAUCAGCUACAAAUAUUUCAUAUAGUACAAUGUUUCCCAAUACUCCGGUCAUCAUUGACUGGCAUAAUAACACAAAUGUUCAAUUACCAUUUAUUAGAGUCGAUUGGAUGGUAAACGGUGUUUUACAAUUAAAUCCCAAACUACAAAGCCAUCCGAAAAUUACCGAAGUUGCAUUAACAGCUAUAACACGCAUUGAUUUCUCUCACAAUCAUCUGACAAGUUUACCCAUUGAAAUUUUUAAUUUAGUAUCACUAAAAUACUUGAAUGUGGCUCAAAAUAAAAUCACCCAACUGCCCCUGCCAUCAGUUACAACACCCAGCGGUAGAUCUGCCUACUCAUCACCUGUUCUUGAAGAAAUCUAUAUACAAGACAACCAAUUGAUAGCAAUUCCGGCGCAAAUAUUUCAUUUGCCUGCACUCACCAUAUUAGAUAUUUCCAACAACAAACUGCAAGAAAUGCCUUUUGAUAUGUGGAAAGCGCCAAAGUUGCGCGAAUUAAAUAUCGCUUUUAAUUUGUUAAAAGAUCUUCCAGUACCGCCAAUGCAAACAUCGUCGUCACAACUAAGUUUGGAUAAAUUGGAUUUGGAACCAUUUUCAAAGUUUGAUGCAUAUGGUUCGGAGAGCCGAAGUAAGGCAAGAACAUUAACCCUACAACCAUUGGUUCAUCGCAACAUAUGGUCGAAUAGCUUAGAGAUAACCGAUAACGACGUAAAGUGGAAUGAAUCGAAAAAGGAAGAAGGUGUCUCGCAACUAAACAGCCUAAAUAUAGCCAACAAUUUGUUCACUAGCAUUCCAGCGGCCUUGCCUUGUUUGGCAGUGAAUUUAACAAGACUUAAUAUGUCCUAUAAUAGUUUAAGAUCCAUGGGUCAUGUUACUAGUUAUCCUGCAACAUUGAAACAAUUAGAUUUAAGUCAUAAUGAAAUAUCCUGUUGGCCCAGUCUGCCACGCAUCACAGAAUCGGAUCCUCACCUGUUGUGUUAUAGUUAUGUGGCGCAAAAUCAGGGAGGAGAGAAUGACGAUAUACCAUCGUUUGCCAAACACAAUCCCAACAACUCGAAAGCUUCUUCAUUUCGUUCGACGGUACUGAAAAGUGUCUGUCGCCAUAGAAGACAUUUGAGAUUGGAGUCCUUAAGGACCCUAAUUUUGGCUGAUAACCUGUUGACACGUAUACAAUUGUCCACGGAUGAUGUUACAACACUUUUUAAUGAAUCCGAUGACUCAGAUUGGAGUGUUGUUGGGGUGACCAAAUCCAAAUUGAUAUUUCCUAAUUUAUCUAUGCUGGAUAUUAGCAACAAUUGUCUCAAGGAAAUACCCACAUCGUUGCAUGAGUUGACCAGUCUUAGCGUUCUCAACAUCAGUGGCAAUGUGAAUGUAACUGAUCUUCCACCACAUUUGGGAUUGCUUACACGUUUGUGGAAUUUAAAUACCCGAGGCUGUCUACUGCAGGAUCCCUUAAAGUCAAUGAUAGAAAGUAAAAAGUACAAAACUAUGGAUAUAAUUGGCUAUUUAAAAUCGAUCUAUGAAGAUGCUCAGCCCUAUGCCCGCAUGAAACUAAUGGUGGUGGGUGUUCAAGGUAUAGGCAAAACCACGUUGCUGGAUUUGCUACGUCAGGGAGUGGGCUCACAGAAACCUAAGGCCUCGGAAAAUCACUGGGCCAAACGUAUGGGACAUACUCGUAAUCUUUCGAAAUCCCAACGAGGCUCUAAUAUAUCUACGGUGGGUGUGGAUAUUGGCACGUGGAUUUCUGAGAAACGUAAGAAGGCACCUGGCUCACAUGGGCCGGUAGUGUUUCGCACAUGGGAUUUUGGGGGCCAGAAAGAAUAUUAUGCUACCCACCAGUAUUUCCUUUCGAAACGUAGUCUUUAUCUGGUAUUGUGGAAAAUUACCGAUGGCCAUAAGGGUCUUGCUGAAAUUCUUCAGUGGCUGGGAAAUAUCCAAGCCCGGGCGCCGAAUUCUCCGGUUAUAAUUGUUGGUACACAUUUCGAUGCUGUGGGCGACACCUUUUCACCGGAGAAAGCGGAGGAGUUGCAACAAAUAAUACGCGAAAAAUUCAUAGCCAUACCGGAUGCUGAAAAAAUUGGUUUACCUCGUGUCAUUGAUUCAAUAGAAAUAAGUUGCAAAACAAUGCACAAUAUACGACUGUUGAUAAACAUUAUAUAUGAUACGGCAUUUAUGCUAAAAUCCCCCGGUUCCAAAGAACCCAUGCUAUUACAAAAGAUUCCAGCCAGUUAUAUUGCAUUGGAAGAUAUUGUCAAUGUAAUAUCGUGUAACUUAAAAGCAGCCGGCUUAGAUCCUGUUCUCGAUGCUGAAAAUUAUCGUAAACUUGUGACGGAGGAAAUGCGUUUGCAUAAUUAUAAAAGUUUUCGUGACACGGCGGAACUCAAUCAGGCCACCAUGUUUUUGCAUGAUAAUGGUGUACUAUUGCAUUACGAUGAUGCCACUUUGAGGGACUAUUAUUUCCUGGAUCCCCAGUGGUUGUGUGAUAUGUUGGCACAUGUGGUGACUGUUCGUGAAAUAAAUCCCUUUGCUCGGACUGGUAUUAUGAAAUUGGAUGAUUUGAAUUUAUUGUUUCGCAAUUCAAGUGGUAGCAACAAUUCGAAUCGUUCUUAUAUUGUGAGUCUUUUGAAUAAAUUCGAAGUGGCCUUGACUUGGGACUCCCGAACACUUUUGAUACCUUCACUGUUGCCACAAAAUGAAAACGAGACACCCAAUACGGGAACAAUUGUAAAGAUAUCGCAGCGCACAAGGGGUCGUAAUUUAAAUUUGGGUUGCUCAGUCUCAAAUGAAAUUAAUUUAAAUAAUUUGGUUUAUGAGCCAGUUGAGCAAAGCGCACCCAACUCAAACAACGAUCCCAAUAUACUAGAAAUGGGUCUUAAACGUAUUUUGCUUAUGACCUACUUUCCAUCGGGUUUUUGGUCUCGUUUAAUCACACGCCUCCUGGCCGAUGAACAUAUUACAGAAGCAAUUAAAUCGGUCUAUAUUGCAGCUAAUGAUCAAUCUCUUGAAUUCGAUUUGCGCACCUCUUUGGAACAUGAUACGCAAUGGAAUUUGUGGCAAACAGGAGUCUCGCUUUACUAUGGUCCAAUUUUAGUUUUCAAAAUAUGGGAGCUACCAUUUCAAUUGGCAGCAAAUACCCAACCUUUGCGCAGCGCUAGUAAUCGUUUUAAGCUUAAACUGGAUGGCAUUUGGAGUGACAUUAACUUAUGUAAUUCUAGUAUAUUGGAAAUUUCAUUUCCUCUUACACACGUCAAUGUACAACAAGAGGUGGAAGAUGGGACACGCCAACAUCUGGCACAAAUUGAACCUAACAUGCCAAUUAUUGCCAAGUUACUGGCUUUAACAGUAGAUCAUAUUGAUUUGCUUUUAGAAGAUUGGUAUCCUUCACUGGGAACAAGAUUUGUCCAUACCUCAGAGGGUAGAUUUUUGAUAACGCGUCUGGUUAUGUGUCCACGUUGUUUGAAAAAGUUAGCUAUGAAUAAUAAGAAAUCAGAAUCUUCCGAUAAUAAUGGUGCAGGCGGCGGUGGUGGUGGUGGUAAUGGGUCAGCAGAUGUCUCUGAUGGUGCUGUGGGUCUUGGUGCUGCUAUUGGCUAUACAAAUAGAGUGCGAGCCAAACGUCCUAUUUACUUCCAGAGCGAUAAUGGUGAUGAUGCCCAGUUGAAUGUUUUUUCAGCUUAUUUGAAUGCCACAGCAAGAAGGGAGCGUAGAUCUGAGGACUCGCUUUGUUCUGAUGCCGAUUCUGGAGUUGGUCCCGAUUCAGCUGGCUCCUCCCGCAAUACCUCAGUCGAUGGCCAUCCAUUGUAUAAUAUUCCUGAUAUAUCGAAUGUAUGCUAUACCUGGAUGAUUGAAGAAUGCAUACUGUCAGUGUAUAAUCAAACAAAAAUCUCUUGUCCAGUUCAUUUGGAGGUGCCUAUGUUGAAAUUGGCUCCAGAUGUUGUAUUUGCUGAUAUACCCGAUAAAUAUACCAUCAAUUCGGAGACAAUUAUAAAAGGAUCAUUGCUGGGUCGCGGUGCGUUUGGUUUUGUUUUCAAGGCCACGUGUAAGCUGAAAGGAUCACGGAACUUCCGCGCUGUUGCCAUGAAAAUGCUACAGCCAGUUCCACCCGGACCGAGAGCUAAAGAAAGUGCUUUAAUGGCUUAUAAAGUCGCUCUGGGAAAAUGGGAUCGAGAUCCUUUACAACAUGCCUGUAAAGCCUAUUGUACUGCUAGACAAGAACUGGCUGUAUUGUUGACUUUGAAACAUCCCAAUAUUGUUCCUUUGGUGGGUAUUUGUAUCAAACCACUGGCAUUAGUUUUAGAAUUAGCUCCAAUGGGUGGAUUGGACUCUAUAUUGCGUCAACAUCGACGUAGUGGUGCUCACAUUGGUCCACAUACAUUUCAAAUAUUGGUACUACAAGCAGCGCGAGCCAUUGAAUAUUUACAUCGACGCCGAAUCAUAUAUCGUGAUUUAAAAUCUGAAAAUGUUCUCGUUUGGGAUUUUCCCCAGCCACAUGCAGAGGAUAGCCCAAGAAAUACGAUUCACAUAAAAAUUGCAGACUAUGGCAUAAGUCGUCAGACGGCUCCAAGUGGUUCAAAGGGCUUUGGUGGCACCGAAGGAUUUAUGGCCCCCGAGAUAAUACGUUACAACGGUGAGGAGGAGUAUACGGAAAAGGUUGAUUGUUUCUCCUUCGGUAUGUUUAUAUAUGAGAACAUAAGUCUACGACAACCCUUCGAAGGACAUGAAUCUAUCAAGGAGUGUAUUCUGGAAGGCAACCGCCCCGCAUUGACUCAAAGAGAAACACAGUUUCCAACCUAUUGUUUGGAUUUAAUGGUAUUAUGUUGGGAUGAAUUGCCCAAAAAGAGGCCUACAGCUAGUCAAAUUGUUUCCAUACUAAGUGCACCAGAAUUCAUACAUCUACUGGAUGUUGUAGCCUUGCCGCAUGGCGAUAAAGUUGUUUGCGGUGGCUUUAGUAUAAGCAAUUCCAAUAGUCCAAUUGAAGAUGACUUCUCUAGCUUGGAGUUGUGGCUUCCCGGUUACAAUUCGCAUAUUGAUGUGUUGGAAACGACUAUGCAUGGUCAAUUUAUACAAUCGAGUACAAUUAAAUGCACAAAUAAAUUUUUAUCUACGGACCCCAAGUCACCACGUGUUGAAGAAGUUAGUCUCAAAUCUCAGUCAUCCUCGCCGCUGAACACACCAUCAUCGCUGCAGGCAUCUUCGGGUUCUUCAUCGCGCACAUCGUCAGCUACACGUUUGCCACGCAUAAAUAUGCUAUGCUGCUGUAUCAUUGAACAAUCAAUAUGGAUUGGUGAUGCUUCGGGAACAUUACAUUCCUAUAGUCUGUCAGAUUAUACGCAUAUAUUUUCCUAUAUGCUGGAUCCGGCCAUUAAAUCGCCAUUGAUAAGUCUGGUAUAUUUAAAGGAUAUUGAAAGGGUUGCCGUUGGUCUGCACAACGGUCGUGUAUUUUUAGUCGACAGUUCACGUAUACCCUCGAAUUGUGCUUUUGCUGAGGGUUCAUUUGUUUUGACUGAAAUAUGCUCUGGUUUAAUAUUGCAUUGUGCAUGUGCGGUUAUGGUUGAUGGAAUCUAUGAACUAUGGUGCGGCGAAAUGGCUGGAAAACUCAAUGUAUUCCCCUUGAGCAAGACGGGUGUUUGUGGCCACCAAGCCUUGUGUCACAGUGAUGAACCGAACGCUAUAGAAGAUUUACGUGUUGCUCGAAUGUGUGGUAACAAUAGUUAUGUUUUUACCUGCCUCUAUCCUGGUUUUAUGGUCUAUCAAUGGCAUGCUGAAAAUAAAACAAUUGAAAAUAAAUUGGAUUGUUCCAAACUGCUACCAUGCUCCGAGUCAUUGAAGAGCAUUGCAAUCGAUGAACAUUUGAGUCUUAUCAAAUGUCAGAUUUCUGCUCUGUGUGCCCACGGUCAAGAGUUGUAUAUUGGUACAACCUGGGGUUGUCUGAUAAUUGCCGAAGUGAAUACUCUGCGGCCAAUUGCUGUAUUUCGUCCAUAUGAAAAUGAAAUCAAAACAAUUAUAGCUGUUCCAAAUCCCAAUGUUCCCUUAAUUGCGACCAUUGGUAGACGAUAUCGUUCACUGAUAUCUCGCUACAUGGAUUCACCAGAGAGUACGACGAAAACUGUAUCCACACCAACGCACUUUGAUCAUUUAAAAAAUCAAUACAAAGCGAAUCAGCUACAGGAUAUCGACAGUAACAUUCAUGUACUCUUAUGGAAAGCUAAAGAUUGGACGUAGGAUUGAUGGAGAGCAUAACUGUUGUGGUGUUAAUUUUAUAAACGUAUACAAUUUUUAAAAUAUAUUUAUUUUCUAAGUGUAUUUAUUGUGUUUCCGAACAUUAUUAAUUUUAUUCAUUUAAUUGCUAUCAUUUUACUUCUUCUGAUACUCAUUAGCAUAAAUAUAUGGUUAAUGGCUUUUAAUUUUAAACGAAUUUCAUUUGUAAACAUUCCCUUUAAAAAAAUCAAAAAUAUUUGUAUACAACUAUUAAAUUAUAAAAAGCAUUGUGAUCGAGAAAACUACAACUUUUGUGGGUAUUCGAGCAUUACUAAAAUUCUAAUAAAUUUUUUGUUCGGUUAUUUCAAGGAACAAUAGUGCUUGUAACAAAUGGCAGAUAAAUUGGUAUCGAACAAUUUCAAAGUGUAUUCAAC